AUAUCUGAAAACGUCAUAUGUCAAAGUGUUGAUUUAUCGUGAGUUUGGUGGCUGCAGGGAAAACCCGUAAUUUGGAUCCUUUGUGUUAGUCCCUCCGAUUUGCCCGGAAUGUCUUUAUCCAGCAUUUUGCCCGCACCAACAAACGCGGUGUGGGAUCGUGAAGAUGAGCGACGAGCUGCGGCAAUCAACGCCCCGACAAUGGGAGCACUGGUGAGUGCAAAAAUUGCUGCACCACCUUAUGGUCAACGUAAGGGCUGGGUGCCAAGGACAGAAGCGGACUUUGGUGAUGGCGGAGCAUUUCCCGAGAUUCAUGUGGCACAAUAUCCGCUGGGAAUGGGAGCCCCGGGAAACACUGGAAAGAAACCGACGGCAUUGGCUAUCCAGCUCGACCAGACUGGCAAAAUAAAGUACGACGCGAUAGCCAGGCAAGGACAUGGAAAAGAUAAAAUUGUUUAUUCAAAUAUCAACCAGCUACUGCCAGCCGAAGUGCUGGCAGAAGAUGCUGAGGAGUUGAGGCGACCCGAUGAAGAAACUAUUGAGGAAACCACAGAAGCAACUCGCCGUGCUCUGGAAAAAUUGACGAAUCAGAAAAUAUCAGCCGCACUGCCAGUGCGACACGCUGAGCGAGCCGCUCCCGCCCAAUAUAUUCGGUACACUCCAUCACAACAAGGGGAUGCCUUCAAUUCAGGUGCCAAGCAACGUGUUAUUCGAAUGGUGGAGGCCCAAGUCGAUCCUAUGGAGCCUCCGAAAUUUCGUAUUAACAAGAAGAUUCCGCGCGGACCGCCAUCUCCUCCGGCUCCUGUUUUACACUCUCCCUCGCGCAAGGUUACCGUGAAGGAGCAAAAGGAAUGGAAGAUUCCACCGUGUAUAUCAAACUGGAAGAACGCAAAGGGUUACACGAUUCCAUUGGACAAGCGACUUGCCGCGGAUGGUCGUGGUCUACAGCAAGUUCAUAUCAACGAGAAAUUCGCAAAAAUGGCCGAGGCACUAUACAUAGCCGAUAGAAAGGCGCGUGAAGCGGUUGAAGCACGCGCCCAACUCGAGAAGAAAUUGGCCCAGAAAGAGAAAGAAAAGAAAGAGGAUAUGCUCCGACAAAUGGCUCAACGGGCUCGUGAGGAACGUGCUGGGCUCCGCAUGCCUGAUGAAGCAGCGACCACAGCCGAAAGUCGCGAAAGAGAUGAUCUCCGGGCGGAGCGCCAUCGCGAACGAGCGCGUGAUAGGAAUAUCGCUCGUGCUGCGCCUGAUAAACGUUCAAAACUGCAACGCGAACGGGAGCGCGACAUAUCAGAACAAAUCGCAUUGGGAAUGCCAGCGAAAACCAACACCGGAGGAGAAACUAUGUUUGAUCAACGUUUAUUCAACACAACCAAAGGCAUGGACUCAGGAUACGGCGAUGAUGAGGCGUACAAUGUCUACGACAAACCAUGGCGUGAAUCAGCUUCACUCGCCUCACAUUUGUACAGACCUAGCAAGCAACUGGACAACGAUGUGUACGGCGCAGAUUUGGACAAGAUUGUCAAUACGAAUCGAUUCGUACCAGACAAAGAAUUCAGUGGCACCGAUCGUAGCGGAGCCAAUGCUCGAAGCGGACCAGUUCAAUUUGAGCGAGAAGAAGAGGAUCCCUUCGGUCUGGAUCAGUUCUUGAACAUGGCCAAGAAAGCACAGAAGGCACCGAAGCGUCGUGAUGAUAAGCCUGAUGAUCGCGAAAAAGAUCGCGGUGGAGAUAAGAAGCGAAGGAGAGUUUAGUAAUAGUAUAAUUUGUAAUUGUAAUUUUCAAUAAACAGUAAUAUUCUAAAAAAUACUUUUUAACUUCCAAAUAUACAGAAAAUACGGGUCGAAGUAGAGAAA